AUGGCCAGUUCACAGGAUCUCAUUAGGUUGCAGGAGGAAAUGAUCUGCCCCAUCUGCUCAGAUAUUCUGCAAGACCCUGUCACCAUCGACUGCGGUCACAAUUUCUGCCAUGGAUGCAUCAUUAAGAAUGUAGGACCAUCAGACGGUUUGCUCAUAUGUCCCCUCUGCAAGAAAUCUGUGAGGAAGGACAUGCUGAUGCCCAACUGGCUGUUGAUGAAUCUGGUGGAAAAAAUCCAAACUAUAAGACCUUUUGAGAAGCAACCAGAAAGACAAGAACUGAGGUGUCUAAAGCACCAAGAGAAGCUCCAUUACUUCUGUGAAAAUGAUGGGAAGCUUCUCUGUAUGGUGUGUUAUCAAUCCAAGGAACACAAAUUACACAAAAUCAACUUGGUAGAAGAAGCUGCCCCAAAGUAUCAGGUACUAAUUCAAUCUCAGCUUGAGACCUUGCAGCAAAAGGAGAAGGCACUAGUACAAAUGAAAGCAAAAGGUGAACAGAGGAUCAGUGACUUCAAGGCUCAGGUGGAGAAUGAAAAGCAAAGGAUCAUCAGAGAAGUCAAGCUUUUGCAGCAGGUCCUACAGGAGGAGGAGGCGGCUCUCCUGUCCCAAAUGAACUGGCUUGGUCAAGAGGGAGCCAAGGGGGGCAACCACUACAUCACUUCCACUGAGGCUCAGCUGAAUUCUCUCGGUAGAUGUGUUGAAUCCCUGAGGGCCAAGCAGCAAAUGUCUCCCAGUGAUCUGCUCUUGGAUAUCAAAGAUGUCUUGAACAGGAGUCAAGAAUUUCAAUUUCUCAACCCAAACCCUAUUCCUCUGGAUCUGGAGAAAAUACUCAAUGAUGCUGUAUCAAGACAUAACUCCAUCACAGAUGCCCUGAAGAGAUGCAGAGACAGUCUCCAGCCUGAUCAGAAGAGAAUUAAAAGCACAUUUUUCAUUGACUCAAAUAGGGAAUCAGAGAUCACAGGAAAUAAGAAGACCAUGGUCUUAGCCUUAAAUCCUGAAAUGAUCCACACCACCCGCGUGACCCUGGACGCAACCUCAGCCCACCCGGACCUCAUUCUUUCCCAGGAUCUGAAGACAGUGAAGCUGGACAUCGGCCCUCUCAGUAACUCAGAGGAGCCAGCAGACCCCAGGUGCUUCUACCCAUUCCGCUGCGUGGUGGGCUUGCCUGGCCUCUCCUCUGGCCAACAGACCUGGGAGGCGGAGCUGCAAGGGCCUGGGGGAGGGGCCUGCGAGGUAGGCGUGAUCUCAGAGUACGCAGCACGCCAGGGUUACCUGCAGAUAGAGCCCUUGGCUGGCUUCUGGGCACUGCGCAUUAAGGACACCCAGUGCCAGGUUCUCACUCAGGCCGACACUGCGGAGGAGCUUCCCAUUUGUCCGCGUAAAGUGAGAGUCCACGUGGAUCAUGAUCGCGGGGAGGUCGUUUUCUACGACGCCAUCACUAGCAAACACAUCUAUACCUUCCGGGCCUCCUUCCAGGGGUGGAUCUUCCCCUUUUUCAGACUCCUAUAUUCUGGCACUCAGAUCACUCUGAGCCCCUAG